AUGGCUCCAAUUGACGAUACAAUCGCAGACUUGAACUCGCGAGAACCAGGAGAAAGAUACACGCUAAUAGAGGUUGCUGAAAAUGGGGCGUUAAUCGCUCGACGCUCGGGCGGAGGUGGCGACGAAUCGGAGCUUAUACUAUAUAUUGAAAAGCUUACCAAGAGAGCUCUACCACCUACAAGGCGAAUGAUCCAGAAUUUUGCAUCAGCAAUAGCUAAACGAGAGGUUAGCGAGAGCUGGGUUACUCGCUUUAUCAACCGACACCAAGAUAAGUUUGUCUCAAAAAGGACCAGCGCCAUGGAUCGUACGCGCCACCAGGAUGACUCUCUGAUGAAGUAUGAGGCUUACUUCGACCUUCUACAUCAAAAGCUUAAGGAGUGUUGCCUUGAGGCUGGUGAUAUAUACAAUAUGGAUGAGAAGGGUUUCCUUAUUGGGAUCGUUGGUACAGGCAAGAGGAUCUUCAGCAAGCGUCAAUGGGAUAAGAAAGAGGUUAGAGCAUCCCUUCAAGAUGGAUCACGCCUUAUCUACACGUCAGCGCGAGGAGCCAUUAGAUCAAACUAG